GUUUAGCAUUAUUUGCACGCCGCUACUCUUAACCGUUCCAAAGUGCACCACUAACGCCUCCAUUCGAUUUAAAACCACCGCCGCUGGAGGAUUCACUGCAUUCAUGAACCACGUUCCAUGCAUUUUACAUUUUGAACCCCCUGGUUUUAUUUUUUGCACCACCCAAACCAAUUUCAGUUCAUCUACCCACUAGCUGGCGGCACAACUGCAACCACCACCUCUCGCCGCCGCCGCGACCACACUCCCAAUAAGGAACCAUUCAAUCCACCACUAUCUCUUUUGUAGCCUACAUCAACGUUGAAACAACACCAAGUCUCAACUCUUUAAACUAGCACCGCCUUCUCAUCUCCGGUGCCGCCCAUUCGUCUCCACGCCUCCGUCUCCGACCAAGCUGCUGCUGUCGCCUCCUUCUUCUUCAUUUGGUAGGGAUGCUAAAAUUUGAUUUUAGUGCAAAAUAGAAGCGUCAAUCCCAUUCAUAGAUACACGCCAUCAAUGGAAACAACAAAACGUUUAAACCCCACAACAAAAAUGACAACAACCAAGAAGAAGAAAACCAAUCAAACCCCAGAGAACAAAUUCCAAUUCGAGCUCAAUUCAUGUUCCAAAUCAAAGGACUUUCGCGGCGCAGUCUCUUUAUUUGAUGAUGCUGUUUCAAACAACACCCGUGUCAACCAACACCACCUCAACGCACUACUCUACCUCUGUUCCAACGCUGUCACAGACCCUUCCCUUAAACAACUCGCCUUAGAUUACGGUUUUCGCAUAUUCAACCACAUGUCCUCCCUAAACAUCACCCCUAACGAAGCCACUGUUGCCACUGUCGCGAGACUCGCUGCAGCUAAUGGUGAUGGUAAUCGUGCAUUUGAAUUGGUGAAGAAUAUUGGUAAUUACAAUGUUGCCCCUAGGCUACGGACUUACGAUCCUGCAUUGUUCUGCUUUUGUGAAUUACUUGAUGCUGAUAAAGCCUAUGAAGUUGAGGAACAUAUGAAUAGUGUUGGGGUUAGUUUGGAAGAAGCGGAAAUUGCAGCACUUUUGAAGGUUAGUGCGAAGAAGGGUAGGGCUGAUAGGGUUUACAUGUAUCUCCACAAGCUAAGGAGUGGUGUGACGUGUGUAGAGGAAUCGACGGCGACGGUUAUUGAGGAGUGGUUUCAGAGCAGCGAGGCGCGUGAGGUUGGUGAGGGGGAUUUGGAUGUGACGAGGGUUAGGGAGGCGGUUUUGAGGAAUGGAGGAGGGUGGCAUGGUUUAGGGUGGGUUGGAAAAGGGGAUUGGGUUGUGUCGAGAAUGAGUGUUGAUGAUGAUGGGAUUUGUUGUGGAUGUGGUGAGCAAUUGGUUUGUGUGGAUAUUGAUGAUGAGGAGAUGGAGAAAUUUGCUUCGUCUGUUGCGGCAUUGGCUGUGGAGCGUGAGGUCAAGGCAAAUUUUAGUGAAUUUCAGGGAUGGCUUGAGAAACAUGGCUGUUAUGAAGCCAUAGUGGAUGGUGCAAAUGUUGGGCUCUACCAGCAAAAUUUUGCUGACGGUGGAUUUAGCACUAAUCAGCUUGAUGAUGUUGUGAAAGAAUUGUACAAUCAGAGUGGGAAAAAAUGGCCGUUGGUUGUCCUGCACAACAAGCGUGUGAAAGGGCUGAUGGAAAAUCCUUCCAGCCGAAAACUGGUAGAGGAGUGGAUGAAAAACGGUGUGCUAUAUACAACUCCAAAUGGAUCGAAUGAUGAUUGGUAUUGGCUCUAUGCUACUGUAAAACUCAGGUGUUUGCUUGUGACAAAUGAUGAAAUGCGAGAUCACAUAUUUGAACUCCUGGGAAGCAACUUUUUCAACCAGUGGAAAGAAAGACAUCAGGUUCACUACACUUUUGUUAAGGGGAACUUGAAACUUCAGAUGCCACCACCAUAUUCGUUGGUAAUCCAGGAAUCAGAGAAAGGAUCAUGGCAUGUGCCUUUGGCAGUGGACACUAGCAACGAGUCUUCAAAACCUUGGCUGUGCAUUACACGGGCAAGUGCUGAUGAUGCUACUACUGCUUCUAAUGGUGUGGAUACUUCUGGAAAUAAUCACAUUCAUAUUGACCAGCCACAAAAAAUAGCAGAUGAAGUCCUUAGCUUAGAUUCCCAAGUCAUUGAGAAUAACAGUACUUCUGUGACUGGUAAAAGAAAAGAGAGAUCUGAUCCUUCCUGAUAAUUCUUUCCAUGGCACGAUCUUUCAAUUUUGACAGCUUUCAGGGUUGCUGGUGGGCAGUGGCUGUAAAGAUGGUUCAUGAUGUGAACAGCCGCUACCUGUCUAGUGUCGAUUGAGCUCUCUACACUUUACAUGAUUUUAAACCAUUUGAAUCAAAGGCUUAUUUAGAUUAUCAUUUGGCAUAAUUUAUGAUUUAAUUCAUUUUGUCUGCCAUAUCUUAUACGGAAAAAGGGAUUGGUGUUUUUUUAAACCGAGGCCUAUUUCAACUGUUAUGUACUUGUUAUAAUGUUGGUAGUUUUUAUUUACUAUUGUCCCUUAUGAAUAUUCGUUGCAAGGUAAUGAGGAAUAUAAUGAAAAAUUUGAGAGUUAGAUGAUGUG